AGGACCGCCCUUCCGUAGCCCGAGCUGGUCUUCUGCUUCCCGGUCGGCGGCGUUCUCGCCGCCCGCUCCCCCGACUUUCUGGGAUCCGAGUUUGUAGGCCCUUUAAAGGAUUCCAGUUGCCCUUCGCCCGGUCCUGCAGAAAGGAAGUGGGGGUGCUGGACUUCAGUCCCAGACGGUGGGAAAUCGGGAUGGCUUCCGUGCGGAUCCGAGAGGCUAAGGAGGGAGACUGUGGAAAUAUCCUGAGGCUGAUUCGGGAACUAGCUGAAUAUGAAAAACUCUCGGAUCAAGUGAAGAUCAGUGAAGAAGCCCUGAGAGCAGAUGGCUUUGGAGAGAAUCCUUUCUAUCACUGUUUGGUAGCAGAAAUUCUUCCCGUACCCGGGGAGCCACAUGGGCCCUGUGUGGUGGGCUAUGGACUAUACUACUUCAUCUACAGCACAUGGACGGGUCGCAACGUUUAUCUGGAAGACAUCUACGUGAAGCCGGAAUAUCGGGGUCAGGGGAUUGGUUCCAAGAUAAUCAAAAAGGUGGCUGAGGUAGCCCUGGAUAAGGGCUGCUCCCAGUUCCGCCUGGCAGUCCUGGACUGGAACAAGCGGGCAAUGGACUUGUACAAGGCCCUAGGAGCCCAAGAUUUGACUGAAGCUGAAGGCUGGCACUCCUUUCGCUUUGAGAGAGAGGCAAUGAGGGAGUUGGCAGGAAAGUGACGCCAUCCCUUAGGGAUCUCUCUCUAUCUGAGCUUCUCCUUUCCCACCAGCUCAAGCAGUCCUCAGACACUGUCUCCACUAGCAAAGGCCUCCCUGAAGGAAGGAGGGUUGGGAGUAAAUAUUGCCGAAGUAAGAAAAGAGCAGAAUCGGAGAGGCCCUUCUACCUCCUUGUUGAGGGUGAAGAAUAAAUGAGAAUUACUGUA